AUGUCAGGCAUAAGCAUCGACGUGGCCUGUCACGAGCUGAACGUGGACCCUACCUUCAAACCAAUCAAGCAGAAAAGAAGGAAGCUCGGACCCGAACGAGCUAAAGCAGUUAACGACGAAGUGGAGAGAUUGAUCAAAGUAGGAUUAAUCCCUGAGGCCAAAUAUCCAGACUGGCUCGCGAAUCUAGUGGUUGUGAAGAAGAAGAACGGCAAGUGGCGGGUUCGCGGUCACCUCGGAGAGUUUCUCGGCUAUCUGGUAACUCACCGAGGCAUUGAAGCGAAUCCCAAGCAGAUCAAAGCAUUGAUCGAGAUGCCCUCUCCAAGGACGAAGCGAGAAGUGCAAAGGCUUACAGGAAGGGUCGCAGCGCUAAACAGGUUUAUUUCCCGUUCCACCGACAAGUGCCUGUCUUUCUACGACACCCUUCGGGGAAAUAAGAAAUUCGAGUGGGACGAGCGAUGCGAAGCAGCUUCCCACGAAUUGAAGAGUUAUCUGGCGAGCCCGCCGAUCUUGGCAAAACCAGUUGAAGGAGAGCCUUUCUUCCUCUACAUCGCCGUAUCUGCUACAGCCAUUGAGAAAGUCGCCCUAGCCGUCGUAGUCUCGGCUCGCAAGCUGCGUCCGUAUUUUCAAUCAUAUUCGAUUGUUGUGCUCGCCACACUUCUGCUGCGCUCGAUCUUACACAGCCCGAGCCAAUCCGGUCGGCUCGCCAAGUGGGCCAUAGAGUUGAGCGAGUACGACAUCGAGUAUCGGAAUAGGUCGUCUGCAAAGUCACAGGUGCUCGCAGAUUUUCUCAUCGAACUUUCAGCCGAAGUGACGAACGAGCCAACCCUAGACGAAGCAUGGACGCUGCACGUCGACGGCUCGUCGUCUAAACACGGCUCGGGAAUAGGAAUCAAUCUCACCUCUCCCACCGGAGAAAUAUUGGAGCAGUCUUUUCGCCUGAACUUCUACGCCUCAAACAACGAAGCAGAAUACGAAGCACUGAUCACCGACAUACAACUAGCGCAGGGAAUCGGAGUUCGAAGGAUAAGAACAUUUUGCGAUUCACAGCUCGUAGCAUGUCGAUUCAACAGAGAAUACGAGGCGAAGGACAGACGGAUGGGAGCUUACCUCAAGGUGGUCCGAGAGUUGGUGCAAAAGUUCGACGAGUUCGAGCUCACACGAAUACCCCGAGGUGAAAACACCUCGGCCGACGCCUUGGCAGCACUUGCUUCGACUUCAGACCCGGAUCUCCGACGGACAAUUCCAGUCGAAUUCAUCGAACGUCCUAGCAUCGAAGAGGUAGAAGGAGUUCGGCUGAUAAAUCCUCCUGAGCAGGAACCAGAAAACGACGAAGCAGUCGCUAUGGAUGAAGACGCCUCGCCAACCAAGCUGGAGUACGGCUGCGACAAAGAAUGGCUCGGAGCCAUCCGAGUGUAUAUCGCCGAUGGAGAAGUACCAAUCGAUAAAUGGGAAGCUCGCAAAUUGAAAGCUCAGGCCGCGCGGUAUGUCCUCGUCGACGGCGAGGUGUUUAAAUGGAGAUUUUCAGGACCACUCAUGACAUGCGUCAAAGGACCGGAGGCCAGAAAGAUCAUGCACGAAGUGCAUAGCGGCGCGUGCGAAAACCAUUCAAGCGGAAGGUCGCUCGCGAUCAAGAUAAAACGGCACGGUUACUUCUGGCCUACGAUGGUCAAGGACAACGAGAAGUUUACGGCGAAGUGCGAGAAGUGUCAACGGCAUGCGCCAACUAUUCACCAACCUACCGAGCUGCUGUCAUCAAUCUCGUCGUCUUAUCCUUUCAUGAGAUGGUCAAUGGAUAUUGUCGGACCUCUACAUCGAUCAAAGCAAAAGCGUUUUCUGCUCGUCCUCACGGAUUAUUUUUCCAAGUGGGUCGAGGCCGAUUCUUACGCGAGCAUAAAGGAUGCUCAAGUCAAACACUUCGUCUGGAAAAAUAUCAUCUGCAGAAACAGGGUCCCCUACGAGAUAGUCACCGAUAACGGAUCCUAG